UUGGCCCAUGUUGGAGUGUUAGACUAACUCUGACCCAUGCCAAUGUUUUUGAAUUGGCCUUGAAUUUAUGAUCAUUGCUCACAAAUGAGUAGAAUUCACAUCCAAAUCUAGAUGAAGGCAUGUUCUUGAGAUGUGUUACUGUGUAUUAUAAAACAGUAAUAGGUAUACACCUUCUUCAUUAGAGAUGAGUGCGUGGGAAUGCAAUUUGCUAUUAAAAUAUUACUUUAGUAUAUACAUCGCAAUACCUUAAAAUACAAGUUAAACGGUAUGAAUCACGGGUAGUAAGGUUGUCAUAUCGAGGAGCGUUUAGUACAGUGAUUUUGCCAUUUUGUCAAGGAACAUCUGAACAUAAAUUCAAGCUGAAUAUCAAUGAACAUUUUCAACCUCAACAGUACAUAUAGUCUAUAGAACAGACAUGACUUUUAAGGUGGCACUUGUUCAGAUGGCUGUAACAGCAGUUAAAUCAGAAAACCUUGAGCAUGCGGUCACGCUUAUUAAUAAGGCCGCUACAAAUGGAGCACAACUAAUCAUAUUGCCGGAAUGUUUUAACUCUCCCUACGAUACGACAUGUUUCCCAAAAUAUGCUGAGUCUAUCCCAGGACCGACUUCAGAUAUCUUAGCACAGGCAGCCAAGGAUAACAAUGUCUACAUCAUUGGGGGUUCUAUACCAGAAAUUGAUAAUGGAAAGGUAUAUAAUACUUGUCCAGUCUUUAGUCCGUCAGGAGAACUUCUUACUAAACACAGGAAAAUUCAUCUGGUUGACAUUGAUGUUCCUGGUAAAAUUCGCUUUAGAGAAGCAGAUUCACUAAGUCCCGGAUGUGACUUUACUACAUUUGAUACUCCAUAUUGUAAAGUCGGCAUCGGAGUCUGUUAUGAUCUACGAUUCCCAGAACUAGCACACAUUUACGGUGAAAUGGGAUGUAAAUUUCUGGUAUACCCAGGGGCAUUUAAUAGGACCACCGGCCCUUCACAUAUGGAGCCUUUGCUGAGAGCCAGGGCUGUUGACAACGAAGUCUAUGUUGCUUUGGUGUCGGGGUCUCGCGAUGAAACAGCUUCAUACGUUGCAUGGGGACACAGUACAGUAGUUAGUCCUUGGGGAGAUGUUCUAUCUACUACGGAACAUUUGGAAACCAUUGUAUAUUGUGACAUUGACCCGGAUUUUGUCGACAAGGUUAGAACUCGAUUGCCAAUAUUAUCACAGAAGAGAACAGAUAUGUACUCAUUGACAAAUGUUGUAAAAAGGAAAUAAAAAUGUAACCACAGAAGAGACCGGAUAUGUACACAAAUGUUGUAAAAAGGAAAUAAAUAUAUAUACAUAUAAUCAUUGAAGAAACAGGAUAUGUACUCGAAUGUUAUAAAAAGGAAAUAACUAACAGUUGGACGCAAUUGCUUAUAUGUUUGCAUCCGCAGUUAUCAACUUAUCCGAACAUAUUGCUUAAUAUUAUAAAUAUGCCAUAUUUACAUAAAACAGAAUUCAUUAA